AUGGAGAUCCCGGAAGAAAUAAUGGUGAAAUUAGUAGCUUUUCGAUUGAAGGGAGGAGCAUCUGUCUGGUGGGAACGAAUAAGGGAGACCGGGAUCAGAGAAGGAAGAGGUCCAAUUCGAACAUGGAGACGUAUGAAGCAAUUAAUAAGAGGUAGGUUUUUACCUCCUGAUUAUGAGCAGUAUAUGUUUGAGUCAUAUCAACGGUGUGCGCAGGGAACAAGAAGCGUGAACGAGUACACCUCAGAAUUUCUGAGAUUGGCUAAACGAAACCAGUUAUCAAAAAGUGACAAUCAACAGGCAGCUCGUUAUUUGAGUGGUUUGAAACCUGCUAUCCGAGACAAGAUUGGCGUCCAGAUGGUUCUGAGCGUGCAGGAAGCAAGGAACUUUACUCUGAAGGCUGAGUUAUUGUUCCAAGUGAGGACCCGAGCCGAUAACUAUCGAUGGUAUAGUGGGAGCGACAAUAGGCCAGCAGCAGUUGACAAGGGAAAACCAACCCAAGGAGCACAACCGUACCAUCUGCUGAGUGUAGCUAACGCCAGUAAGACCGCCACGGGAGGAAACACUCGAGGUAAUACUUCAAACCCUCCUAAAGUCGUUAAUCCCUAUGCAAAACCUGCUCCUUUUAAGUGCUUCAAGUGCAAUGAAGUUGGGAAUAGGUCUAGUGACUGUCCCAGAAGAAAGGUAGUUAACAUGGUGGAGAGGGAUGAGGAAGAAGUUGGUGACGACGAAGUAUAUUGUGGACCCGAUGGACAGGACGAAGAAGGUACCUAUGAUCAUGAAGAGUACACGUGCAUUGUGAGGAAGCUAAUGCUAUAUCAGAGAAGCAAAGAUACCACACAACGACACCGGAUGUUUCGCACUAGGUGUACGGUACAGGGUCAGUUAUUUGAAUUAAUUAUUGAUAGCGGCAGUCAGGAAAAUAUUAUCGGCAGGGAUGUGGUACGAAAACUGCAACUAAUUCCUGAGAAACACCCGAACCGUUACACGAUUGGUUGGAUCAAGGAAGUUGGGGGCGUACGUGUGGAGGAACGCUGUAAGGUUCCAUUCUCUAUUGGUAAGUAUACUGAUGAGGUUUAUUGUGAAAUUGUGGAUAUGGAUGCUUGCCAUAUUUUGCUUGGUAGGCCAUGGCAGUUUGAUGUAGAUGCCAAACACCUGGGUAGGAAGAACACAUACCAGCUCAAGAAAAAGGGUGUGCGCUAUACACUAUUACCUAUGGCAGAAAAAAACCAAACCAAGGCUUCAAAGGCAGAGGAGAGAAAUUUUCUUACCAUAACACAUCGCCACUCUAAAUUUGUAAGGGAAUGUAAGGAUACCCGCGAGGUCCACUUACUGGUUAUAAAAGGGGAGAGCAUGAGUGAACCACUAGGGGAGAACAAAAUCCCAGUGGAAGUACAGGGACUGCUCGACGAGUUUCAUGAUGUAGUUCCUGACAAGUUACCCAAUGAGCUUCCACCCAUGCGAGACAUCCAGCAACACAUUGAUUUUGUUCCUGGUGCUAGCCUACCUAAUCUACCACACUACAGAAUGAGUCCUAAAGAGAACGAGAUUUUACAGGAGAAGAUAGAAAAACUAUUGAGAAAAGGGGCACAUCCAAGUCAGCAUGAGUCCAUGCGUAGUACCGGCAUUAUUAACACCGAAGAAAGAUGGGAGUUGGAGGAUGUGUGUCGAUAG